AACUUCUCUAGACGCGAAGACACAGUGAUCCACAGUUCCCCCACUGGGAAAAUUCCAUUUUUGUCCCUUAAGCCGUGAUGCGCGCAAUUUCGCACUUCACCACCUUCUUCACUUGCAGAAAACAGAGCUCAAAAUUCACAGAAAUUUUGUCCUCAUUUUCAUAGCUUCUGAAGAAAGCACUAUAUUCAAUGGCCAUGGCGACGGAGGAAGGGGAUCCGGAGAGAGGUGAUAUCAAUGGCGGACACUCCAUGGAAUCAACCGAAUCCAGGUGGGUUUUUCAGGGGGACGAGGAGGAUAACUCCGACAUAGAAGAAUUCAACGCCGAUUUGAGACACCAUCACACCCGUCGCUACGCUUCCGUGCUUGAUUCUGACGAUGAGGACAUUGGUGAGCAGAGACUCAUUCGAACUGGACCUCGAAUUGAUUCCUUCGACGUCGAGGCUCUUGAUGUCCCCGGUGCUCAUAGAACUGACUAUGAGGAUAUCAGUAUGGGAAAGAAAAUCGUGCUGGCUUUUCAGACUCUUGGCGUUGUCUUUGGUGAUGUGGGAACAAGUCCAUUAUAUACCUUUAGUGUCAUGUUUAGAAAGGCACCCAUCAAUGGAGAUGAGGACAUUCUUGGAGCAUUAUCACUUGUGUUGUACACUUUAAUCCUGAUUCCCUUAUUGAAGUAUGUGCUGGUCGUUCUGUGGGCCAAUGAUGAUGGUGAAGGUGGUACUUUUGCCUUGUACUCAUUGAUAUGUCGUCAUGCUAAAGUGAGCCUUCUCCCCAAUCAAUUACCAUCAGAUGCCCGUAUAUCAAGCUUUAGACUAAAGGUCCCAUCUGCUGAGCUUGAAAGGUCCCUAAAAAUCAAGGAAAGACUUGAGAGUUCUUUGACUCUGAAGAAGAUUCUACUAAUAUUAGUGCUUGCUGGUACUUCUAUGGUGAUUGCUAAUGGGGUUGUUACUCCGGCAAUGUCAGUACUUUCCUCUGUUGGUGGUUUAAAAGUUGGGGUAGAUGCAAUCGAGCAAGAUGAAGUGGUGAUGAUUUCAGUUGCAUCCCUUAUAAUUUUGUUCAGUGUACAGAAGUAUGGAACAAGUAAAGUGGGACUUUUAGUAGGACCUGCUUUGUUCAUAUGGUUUUGUUCUCUUGCUGGAAUUGGGAUAUACAAUCUUCUCAAAUAUGAUACUGGUGUCUUGAAGGCAUUUAAUCCUAUUCACAUCUACUAUUUUUUCAAGAGGAACUCAACUAAAGCAUGGUAUUCUCUUGGGGGUUGUCUCCUUUGUGCUACUGGUUCAGAGGCCAUGUUUGCAGAUCUUUGCUACUUUUCUGUACAAUCAGUUCAGCUUUCUUUUGUCUUUCUUGUUUUGCCGUGCCUAGUAUUGGGUUAUUUGGGUCAAGCUGCAUACCUUAUGGAAAACCAUGCUGAUGCUGGUCGAGCCUUUUUCUCUUCAGUUCCAAGUGGUGCAUUCUGGCCAACCUUCCUCAUUGCAAACAUUGCUGCACUAAUUGCAAGUCGGACUAUGACAACAGCAACAUUUUCAUGCAUAAAACAAUCAACAGCACUUGGUUGUUUCCCUCGUCUUAAGAUUGUUCAUACCUCCCGGAAAUUUAUGGGCCAGAUCUAUAUUCCUGUCCUAAACUGGUUUCUCUUGGCUGUUUCUCUGGUUUUGGUCUGCACUAUAUCCAGCAUUGAUGAGAUUGGAAAUGCUUAUGGUAUUGCGGAGCUUGGAGUGAUGAUGAUGACCACUAUUUUAGUAACCCUUGUUAUGCUUCUUAUAUGGCAAAUACACAUCAUCAUAGUGCUGACAUUUGUGGUAUUCUUCUUGGGAUUGGAGUUGAUUUUCUUCUCAUCUGUUUUGGGGAGUGUGGCAGAUGGAAGUUGGAUUAUAUUGGUCCUUGCUGUGAUAAUGUUUUUUAUCAUGUAUGUUUGGAAUUAUGGAAGCAAGCUCAAGUAUGAAACUGAAGUCAAACAAAAGCUGUCAAUGGAUUUGAUGCGAGAAUUAGGUAGCAAUCUAGGCACAAUACGGGCUCCUGGAAUUGGUCUUCUCUAUAAUGAGUUAGUCAAAGGAAUCCCAGGAGUUUUUGGCCAUUUUUUGACUACGCUUCCAGCAAUACACUCCAUGAUCAUUUUUGUGAGUAUUAAGUAUGUUCCUGUUUCUGUGGUGCCUCAAAGUGAAAGGUUCCUUUUCCGGAGAGUCUGCCCAAAAAGCUAUCAUAUAUUCCGUUGUAUUGCCAGGUAUGGUUAUAAGGAUGUCCGUAAAGAAAAUCACCAGACUUUUGAGCAGCUGCUGAUUGAAAGCCUAGAAAAAUUUAUACGCCGUGAGGCUCAAGAGAGGUCACUGGAGAGUGAUGGGGAUGAAGAUUCUGACUCAGAGGAAGGGCACUAUGAUUCCAGGGUUCUUGUAGCUCCCAAUGGGAGUGUUUACUCACUUGGGGUUCCUCUUCUGGCUGGUCAUAAGGACACAAAAAAGCUCACUUUAGAAGCAAGCACUUCAGAGGAGGUAACCCCGGCACUUGAUGCUGAGCAGAGCCUUGAGUGGGAGUUAUCUUUUAUUCACAAGGCUAAAGAAUCUGGAGUUGUUUAUCUUCUUGGUCAUGGGGAUAUAAGGGCAAGGAAGGACUCAUGGUUUAUCAAGAAGCUUGUAAUAAACUACUUCUAUGCAUUUUUGAGAAGGAACAGCAGGAGGGGUAUCACGACUUUAACUGUACCUCACUCAAAUCUGAUGCAAGUUGGCAUGACUUACAUGGUUUGAAAGAAAACAGAUGACAAUUUUCUUAGAAACUAGACUUCGAUAGCAGAGAGCGAGGAUCAGAAAGAUCAUACUUCGAAUGCAGUCUUAAGUGUUUUCCUUGAUCUGAUCAUUUCUAGUUUGGAUCUCCAAAUUGUUUAAAUAUCUUUCUGGUUCCCAUCUCUCGUAUAGAGGAAGUUUUGUGGUUGCGAGCUUUGCCAUCUGCAUAUUUAUGUAUGUAGUUGGAAUAGGCUGAUAACAUAAAGAAACAGACAUGAGAAAAACUGUACUUGGUUAAUUAUAUAGGCACUUCGUGAAAGGGUCAAAUUUCACGCCAAUGUAACUAUGGACACCGUGUACUGUACAGUGGCAUUUUGCCCAUUUUAUUCUUCUGUCAACUUUGCGGUAAAUAAUGCCAUAUCUCAUGACAUUACUGCAUCUC